AUGUGCCACUUUCAGGUCUCCUCACACUGCUGCUGGGUUCCAUUUUGUCAUAGGGUGCUGGCAGAUUACGGGCCUCCCAUUGCUGCUGCCAGGCCCCUAAUCUGCCAUGGGCCCCUGUACCGCCUCCUCAUGCUGCUGCCAGGUCCACAGUGUGUCAUGGGUCCCUGUACGGCCUCCCAUUGCUGCUGUCUCCAUCGCCACACUCUGCCAUGUGCCACUUUCAGGUCUCCUCACACUGCUGGUGGGUUCCAUUUUGUCAUAGGGUGCUGUAUGGCCUCCCAUUGCUGCUGCCUCCACCGCCACACUGUGGCUCCACACUCUGGUUUUGGCCCCGUGACUGCCCAAAUGAGUGAAGUGUGCGGUGAUUCUAAGAUCGACGGCACUCAUCUGCAUGUCAUACUGACUGACAGUAUUAUUUCUCUUCCCCAGCAGACUCCAAGGGCAUUUAAAUUAAAGGUACAGUGUUCUGCACUAAUAUUA